GCCUGGUCAAACUGGGUGUCCAUUGCAUCACUGGCCAGAAAGUGGCCAUCAAGAUCGUGAACCGGGAGAAACUGUCCGAAUCGGUGCUGAUGAAGGUGGAACGGGAGAUCGCCAUCCUCAAGCUCAUCGAGCAUCCUCACGUCCUCAAACUCCACGACGUCUACGAGAACAAGAAAUAUUUGUACUUGGUCCUGGAACACGUGUCAGGGGGGGAGCUCUUCGACUACCUGGUGAAGAAGGGCCGGCUCACCCCCAAAGAGGCGCGGAAGUUCUUCCGCCAGAUCGUUUCCGCCCUGGACUUCUGCCACAGCUACUCCAUCUGCCACAGGGACCUGAAGCCCGAGAACCUGCUUCUGGAUGAAGAAAACAACAUCCGGAUCGCAGACUUCGGCAUGGCCUCCUUGCAGGUGGGAGACAGCCUCUUGGAGACGAGCUGUGGGUCUCCCCACUACGCGUGCCCAGAAGUGAUCAAGGGGGAGAAGUACGACGGGCGGCGGGCCGACAUGUGGAGCUGCGGCGUCAUCCUCUUCGCGCUCCUCGUG